GCACCCGGCCGUGUCCCUGGCAUCAAGCCGGGGGUGCCCGGCUCAGACUUGCUGCCCCUCGCCAGGGCAUGGUUCCCCGGGACGGGAGGCCACGCCCGGUAGCCGCCCCUGGGUCCCUUAUCCCUCACCGCAGGGACCCUGCUGUCACCCUCCUGUCACCCCUGAGGCUGGGCCACGCCGAUGUCGUGGGCCUCCUAGUGCCCGCGGGCUGGACGUGCCCCACCCCUGCCUCACCAGAGCCGCCUGGAGUCCACGCUGCCCGGGAAAGGCCGUCUUGACUCCGUACACGUUUUAAUAUGGAUUCGUUUUUCUAUGGCGCUUUACCAUUGAAUGCAGAGAACACUAACUAUGACGAGCCAGUCCCAAACUUCCACAAGUGUGAGAUCUGUCUGCUGUCUUUCCCCAAAGAGUCCCAGUUCCAGCGCCACAUGAGGGCUCACGAGCGAAAUGACAAGCCACAUCGCUGUGACCAGUGUCCCCAAACAUUCAAUGUUGAAUUCAACCUGACACUGCACAAAUGCACCCACAAUGGGGAGGACCCCGCCUGCCCCGUCUGUAACAAGAAGUUCUCCAGAGUGGCUAGUCUCAAGGCGCACAUUAUGCUGCACGAGAAGGAAGAGAACCUCAUGUGUUCCGAGUGUGGAGACGAGUUCACUCUGCAGAGCCAGCUGGCCAUACACAUGGAGGAGCACCGGCAGGAGCUGGCCGGGACCCGGGUGCACACUUGCAAGGCCUGCAAGAAGGAGUUUGGAACCUCGUCAGAGCUCAAGGAGCACAUGAAGACUCACUACAAGAUUAGGGUGUCAAGCACGAGAUCCUAUAAUCGCAACAUCGACAGAAGUGGGUUCACGUACUCGUGUCCACACUGCGGGAAGACAUUCCAGAAGCCAAGCCAGCUAACCCGGCACAUCAGGAUCCACACAGGUGAACGGCCAUUUAAAUGUAGUGAAUGUGGAAAAGCCUUUAACCAGAAGGGGGCGCUGCAGACCCACAUGAUCAAGCACACAGGUGAAAAGCCCCACGCCUGCGCCUUCUGUCCGGCUGCGUUUUCUCAGAAAGGGAACCUGCAGUCGCACGUGCAGCGAGUUCACUCGGAGGUCAAGAACGGGCCCACCUACAACUGUACAGAGUGCAGCUGUGUGUUCAAGAGCCUGGGCAGCUUAAACACCCACAUGAGCAAGAUGCACGUGGGCGGGCCGCAGAGUACCACGCGCCCCGCAGAGACUGCCCACGUCCUAACGGCCACGCUCUUCCAGACUAUACCGCUGCAGCCGGCAGAGGCCCAGGUUGUGUCCACGGCGAGUCAGCAGAACUCCCAGGCGGUGACCGACGUCAUCCAGCAGCUCCUGGAGCUCUCGGAGCCGGGGCCUGUGGAGUCCAGCCAGUCCCCGCAGCCAGGGCAGCAACUGAGUAUCACCGUGGGCCUCAACCAGGACAUCCUCCAGCAAGCCUUAGAAAACAGUGGGCUGUCUUCAAUUCCAGUUGCAGCACAUCCCAGCGACGCCAGCCACGCCAAGGCCUCAGCCACACAGACUCAGAGCCCAGAUGUUUCCAACGUGUCCACCGAGCCAACGGACCCCCCAGAUGCAGAGCAAGAGAAAGAACAGGAAAGCCCAGAGAAGCUGGAUAAAAAAGAAAAAAAAAUUAUGAAGAAGAAAUCACCAUUUUUACCCGGCUCCAUCCGAGAGGAGAACGGGGUGCGGUGGCACGUGUGUCCCUACUGCACCAAGGCGUUCCGGAAGCCCAGCGACCUGGUGCGCCACAUCCGUAUCCACACGCACGAGAAGCCCUUCAAGUGCCCGCAGUGCUUCCGGGCCUUCGCGGUGAAGAGCACGCUGACCGCGCACAGCAAGACGCACACGGGCAUCAAGGCCUUCAAGUGCCAGCACUGCAUGAAGAGCUUCUCCACCUCGGGCAGCCUCAAGGUGCACAUCCGCCUGCACACAGGAGUUAGACCUUUUGCUUGUCCUCACUGUGACAAAAAGUUCCGAACCUCAGGCCACAGGAAGACCCACAUUGCUUCCCACUUCAAACACACGGAGCUAAGGAAGAUGAGGCACCAGCGUAAGCCUGCGAAGGCCCGUGUUGGCAAGACGAACGUCCCUGUCCCCGAUAUUCCUUUGCAGGAGCCGAUUCUCAUAACCGACUUGGGUCUUAUCCAGCCCAUCCCAAGAAACCAGUUUUUCCAGAAUUAUUUUAAUAACAACUUUGUCAACGAAGCAGAUAGGCCGUACAAAUGUUUCUACUGUCAUCGUGCGUACAAAAAGUCUUGCCACCUGAAGCAGCACAUUCGGUCACACACAGGUGAAAAGCCCUUUAAGUGCUCUCAGUGUGGAAGAGGCUUCGUGUCUGCAGGCGUGCUCAAGGCACACGUACGCACGCACACGGGGCUCAAGUCGUUCCAGUGUCUGAUCUGUAACGGGGCUUUCACCACAGGCGGCAGCUUACGGCGGCACAUGGGCACCCACAACGACAUCCGGCCCUACAUGUGUCCCUACUGCCAGAAAACGUUCAAGACCUCACUCAAUUGCAAAAAGCACAUGAAAACCCAUAGGUACGAGCUCGCCCAGCAGCUGCAGCAGCACCAGCAGGCCGCCUCCCUUGACGACAGCACCGUGGACCAACAGAGCAUGCAAGUGUCCGCCCCCAUGCAGGUGGAGCUCGAGAGCUCCGAGCUGCAGCAGACGGCUGAGGCGGUUGCUGCAGACCCCGAAGCCAUGCUGGACCUGGGGCCACAGCACGUGGUGGCUGCAGAGGACACGGCACUGGGUCAGCCGCUGACCGAUCAGCCUUUGGACGCAGAUGAAGAUGGGUUUGCGGCCCCCCAGGACCCUCUCCGAGGGCACAUGGACCAGUUUGAGGAGCAGACCCCGCCUGCGCAGUCCUUUGAGCCAGCAGGGCUGUCACAAGGUUUCGCAGUGGCCGAUACGUACGGUCAGCAGCCCCAGUUCCCAGCCGUGCAGCAGCUGCAGGACUCCAGUACGCUGGAGUCUCAAGCCCUGUCCACAAGUUUCCAUCAGCAGAACUUGCUGCAGGUCCCUGGUGCCGAGGCAGUCAGCGUGACAACACGCUUGAUUCCGGAGUCUCCCCAGGAGCAGCUGGACCUCCGGGCGCAGCGGCCCGCAUUUCUGGAGGAUGGCGAGGAUCAGAGCAGGCGCUCAUACAGGUGUGACUACUGCAACAAGGGCUUCAAGAAGUCCAGCCACUUGAAGCAGCACGUGCGGUCACACACGGGGGAGAAGCCCUACAAGUGCAAGCUCUGUGGCCGUGGCUUCGUCUCCUCCGGAGUCCUCAAGUCCCACGAGAAGACACACACAGGGGUCAAGGCCUUCAGCUGCAGUCUCUGCAACACCUCGUUCACCACCAACGGCAGCCUCACGCGGCACAUGGCGACACACAUGAGCAUGAAGGCCUACAAGUGUCCCUUCUGCGAGGAGGGCUUCCGGACCACCGUCCACUGCAAGAAGCACAUGAAGAGGCACCAGGCAGUGGCCCCCGCGGCGCCCACUGCGGGGGAGGCGGAAGCAGGAGACAUGGCGAUGGAGGAGGAAGACAGUUCCGACAGAACUGUGCCCAGAAAAUCUCGCCCUGAGGUCAUCACGUUCACCGAGGAGGAGACGGCGCAGCUGGCCAGGAUCCGGCCCCAGGACAGCGCCACCGUGUCCGAGAAGGUGCUGGUGCAGUCGGCCGCCGAGAAGGACCGCAUCAGCGAGAUGAAAGACGAGCAGGCGGAGCUGGAGGCCGAGCCCAAGCAUGCCAACUGCUGCACCUACUGCCCCAAGAGCUUUAAGAAGCCCAGCGACCUGGUGAGGCAUGUUCGAAUCCACACAGGAGAAAAGCCAUACAAGUGUGACGAGUGUGGGAAGAGUUUUACUGUCAAAUCCACCCUUGAUUGCCACGUGAAGACGCACACAGGUCAGAAGCUCUUCAGCUGCCACGUGUGCAGCAACGCGUUCUCCACGAAGGGGAGCCUGAAAGUGCACAUGCGCCUGCACACGGGAGCCAAGCCCUUCAAGUGCCCGCACUGCGAGCUGCGCUUCCGCACGUCCGGCCGGAGGAAGACGCACAUGCAGUUCCACUACAAGCCCGACCCCAAGAAGGCCCGGAAGCCGGCGGCUCCAGGCUCCUCGGAGGGCCUGCAGCCCGUCAGCCUGCUCAGCGCCACCUCCUCCGACCCCAGCGUGUUUAUCAUGAACAACUCUGUCCUCACUGGGCAGCUUGAGCAGAGUCUGCUUCAGCAGGGGCUGGUGGGCCAGGCCGUUCUCCCCGCCUCCGUGUCAGCUGGAGGUGAUUUGACCGUGUCUUUGACAGAUGGGAGCUUGGGCGCCCUGGAAGGCAUCCAGCUGCAGUUGGCUGCUCACUUGGUUGGACCAAACGUUCAGAUUUCUGGAAUCGAUGCUGCCAGCAUUAAUAACAUCACACUGCAGAUCGAUCCGAGUAUUCUACAGCAGACGCUCCAGCAGGGCAGCGUGCUGACUCAGCAGCUCACGGGGGAGCCUGGCGUGGCCCCACACACCAGCUCUGUCCAGACAGGGGACAGCACCGUGCCCGCCAGCGUUGUCAUCCAGCCCAUCUCAGGCCUGUCCCUGCAGCCCACGGUGACGUCCGCCAACCUGACCCUCGGCACGCUGUCUGAGCACGACUCUGUGCUGGCCGCCAGCAGCAGUGGAACUCAAGACCUCACUCAGGCGAUGGCUUCCCAAGGUCUGGUGUCCACCUCCACUGGUCCGCACGAGAUCACCCUGACCAUUAACAACUCGAGUUUGAGCCAGGUCCUGGCGCAGGCUGCUGGGCCCACCACCACGUCCUCCUCGGGGUCGCCACAGGAAAUCACGCUGACGAUCUCUGAGCUGAAUCCUGCGAGCGGGAGCCUGCCUUCGUCAACACCCAUGUCCCCGUCAGCCAUGUCGACUCAGAACCUGGUCAUGUCUUCGUCAGGCGUGGGGGGAGACGCCAGCGUGACGCUGACCUUGGCGGACACUCAGGGCAUGCUGUCAGGAGGCCUGGACACCGUGACGCUCAACAUCACCUCUCAGGGCCAGCAGUUCCCGGCGUUGCUCACGGACCCCUCCCUGGCCAGCCAAGGAGGCGCGGGCUCCCCACAGGUCAUCCUAGUGAGCCACACCCCGCAGUCGGCAGCUGCCCCCUGUGAAGAAGUGGCCUACCAGGUGACCGACGUCUCAGCCGCCCUGGCCCAGGGCCCCCAGCCUGAGAAGGAGGGCCGGGCGCGCCAGUGCCUGGAGUGUGACCGCGCCUUCUCGUCGGCCGCGGUGCUCACGCACCACAGCAGGGAGGUGCACGGCCAGGAGCGCGUCCACGGCUGCGUCGUGUGCAGGAAGGCCUUCAAGCGCGCCACGCACCUCAAGGAGCACAUGCAGACGCACCAGGCGGGCCCUUCCCUGAGCUCCCAGAAGCCGAGAGUGUUUAAAUGCGACGCCUGUGAAAAGGCGUUCGCCAAGCCCAGCCAGCUGGAGCGGCACAGUCGCAUCCACACAGGGGAGCGGCCCUUCCACUGUACGCUGUGCGAGAAAGCCUUCAACCAGAAGAGCGCGCUGCAGGUGCACAUGAAGAAGCACACGGGCGAGCGGCCCUACCGGUGCGACCACUGCGCCAUGGGCUUCACGCAGAAGAGCAACAUGAAGCUGCACGUGAAGCGGGCGCACAGCUACACCGGAACCUUGCCGGAGGCCGCGGGGCACCCGGAGCAGGACGGGGAGGAGCUGAGGACCUUGCACUUGGAGGAGGUGGUGCAGGAGGCGGCGGGCGAGUGGCAGGCGCUCACCAACGUGUUCUGAAGCCGGCCGGAGCACGCGGCCCGGGCCAGGGGCCAGGACGGCGCACCGGGAUUUCUGUUUCAGGGCUUCACGGGUUGGAGUGCUGCACGAUCGGUUUUUAGCUCUGAAAUUCCCUACGGAUCAUUGUCUUUCAGAGACUGACAGGAGGGAAGCUGGGAAAGACGCAGACGCGGCGUAGCCCGUGUCUGCAGAUCCCUGCACUCAGGUACUGCGAGGGGCAGGUGCACCUCCACACCGCGGCCAGUGCACCGUUCUGGCAGAAGCUGCGGUCUUUCUGUCAUUUAGUGUGAUUUCUUCGUCUUAGCAAGACAGACGUCAACUUGGAGCAGCCUGCGGGAUGCCCGCCGUGCUUCCUCUUGGGCGAGGCGUAGCCUAGAGCAGGAAAGUGUCCCACCGCACAGGGACGCUUUUGCCACUUUUUUGUCUGUCCAUUUGGAAAAUUAGAAGAAAUCGACUCUUUGUAGUCUGCCAUGAGUUAAUGCAACCAGUACCUUGAGAGCUGGCUGGCCCAGCGCUCUCCGACGCGGACCUCGGGUCCUGCAGAGCAGUGCAGUGUGGGGCGGCAGCAGGGGGCCAGAGGAGCUGGCCCAGGGCCGGUGCCACGGCCGCUGCAGGAGUGUUUGCUCAGGUGCGUGGGGUGAGGACCACACAAGCCAUCCCUGCAGCCGGGGUGCGCAGGCCGUGUGCCGGAACGGGCAGCGCUGCCCUGUGGCCUCCACGCCGUGACCUUCUUGUUCAUCCUGAGGAGUGUGUUUUAUUUCAGGGACUUCUCAGUAUCAUCAAUGGUGCCACAGCAAACACGUCCCCCACGGAAUCCCACCCAUGCUGGGGCCGAGCGCUCAUCGUCCAAAGAUGGAAAGGUCCCUGACUCCACGUUGGUGUCCUGUGCUGUGUACAGACGGCCGCGGACAGGCGGCAGGCGGGCUCUGCGCCGGGGCGUCUGCUCUGUGAAUAGCGCCCGGGGCUCCGCGCCCCACCAGCACUUCAGACCAGUAUUGUGUUCCUUCUCCCGCAGAGGGGUAUCUUCUCCACUGUAAUAUAAAGCUGGGUUUUAUUUUAUUUUCCUGAAAAAUAAUUGCCUUUAUUUUCUCUCGCUGCCUCCUUGGUUUCAGAAGAGAGUAGUUUUAUUAUAAAUAUCGUAUGGACUUUGUAUCAUAAGAGGGGCUCGUUGCCGAUUCCUAAGAAGGAGACGUUUCACUGUUAGUCUGGAAGGCACCUUCCGAUCUCGCUGUUGUUCACCUCUGCGGAUGUACAUAAGUACUGUUGAUGGUGAGAUGGAAACUUUUGUUACGUGAAGAUAUUUAAGUCAGAAAACUGUUAAAUAAUAUUACUUUUUUUCCAAACUGCUUUGUGUAUUGUAUAUUUUUUUAAGAAAACGAAAGCCUUAUUUGACUUAUUCUUGUGAUGCUGGACUUAUUAUAAAUCUCGAGGUUUCCCUGAGUGUCAGUGUGUGUAACUGGCUACUGUCAGUAUAUUCAGAAUAAUUGUAAGUGUGCUAGAGUUUCAAAGGUUCUGCUUUUAAUGCACUUUUUUCUUUUAUAUACAAUUUUGUAUUAAAAUAUUUUAGAAAUGUUAGUUAAUUUUGAUGAACAAAUAUCCCCCAAAGUUGAAAUUAUUGGAAUUUUAAAUUUUCGUUCUUGCUGGGCUAUUUAUUUUGCUUUUAGCAUUAAAUGUCACCUCAGGACCCCUUUGUAAAGGGUGGUUUAGUUUCCAAAUUGUACAGAAAACAUAGUUUAGUGAACUGUAUUAAUUAAUUAUGCCUACGUCAGGCCUUAACAGAUGAAUCUAAAGCCUAUUUUUAUUUUGGUUAAAGAAAGAGAAAUCUAUCAAUAACCCAUUCUAUGUCUUCUCUCUGAUUAUUGGAAGGCAAACACAAGGCAUCUACUGACUGGUUUGAUCUCCUUCCUAGUCACAAAAGCUGCUGCUUUGCAAAACAGUCUGUGACAGAUGUGAGGAUUUGGACAGGUGCGCUUUCACUGGUUUCUUGUGGUUUACAGGCUGAUCUGUAUCUUCUGCUGGCUGAUUGAAACGUCCUCUUAGUGAGAUCCAACUUCCUGCGUAACCGGGGUUUUGAGCAUAGAGUAUUGUGUUUCUAGCCCAUCUCUGCGUAGCAUACUGCCUUGGGAUGACCAUAAAUUUAAAAGUGAUGUUAGGAAAUGUGAUUAAUGUUUUUCUUUUAAAAAUAUUGAAGGUAGACUAGCUCGCCGCUUGGGUAAACUCCAAGUCCAGAUAUUUUUCACAGAAAAGAGUUUCACUGUGGCUUGGCUCUGCCUCCAAGUCCGCACAGCACAGGUAUGGCUCAGGAGAGCUGGGGCCCCGGCCCGGGCCCGGCCCCCUGGCCAGCAGGCCCUAGCUGUCUCUAACCCAGUGUCCUGGUGAACUCUGUUAAGCACGUAAAGGAGCUGAGAUGGAUCCCUCACCGUCCCAAAGACACUGAACUUCAGGCCAAGCUGGGAGCUGGUGCCGCGUUGAGACCAGCGCCGCGCUCCUCAUGGGGGCCUCCCAGAGCACACACUCAGGCGCCCCCGCUCCAUAGGCUCCGCUUUGCUGCUUGUCAGGGGCAUAGGUGGGAGUGCGCCGGGGAGCCCCUCCCCCAGCAGCCCACCUGCGGCAGCUCUGGCCCCUGAGGGCGCUGAUGAGGGGGGAGUGUUAGCCACGGGUCCCUCUGCUCCUCCAGUGUCCUCUUCCUACCCUUUCUGUCCUUAGGGACAAGGAAGUCUGGGUGUCAGGCUGACAGCUCGUGUUCCGUGACCCCUCCAACCUGAUGUGCCGGGCACGCGUGUGUCAGUGCAGGCAGGAGAGUUUUGACAGUGGCAGUGAGCUUCUGUGCUGGCUUUUCCUCGCUUUGGGAGAAUAUUUGCAACGUAUUGAGACAGACAUAUCAACCUUAGAGGGCCUUCACGUGAGCAGCAUCCUGCAGGAGCCAUACAAGCUACAUGGAACUGCUUUCCUAGUGCGCGUUUUUAGGGAUAUUUCAUGCCUGCUUCUUACGUAAUUGUUUUUCCCCAAAGGUUAUUUCAAAGUCGAAACUGUGCCCUCCCCUCACAAAAAAACAAAACAAAAAAACAAAAAACAGUUAAUCAAGUGUUGAUCAUUGCUAAUUUAUUAUUUUUCUAAAACGUAUCGCAUAGCAAGUGAGGUGGGGGAGAUUUCGCGACUGACCCUUCCAAACUAGAGUUACCCUGCUUUGAUUUUAAGAUUUGUGUAUUUAUUUAUUUGAAAGGCAGAGCAACAGAGAGGCGGAGACAGACAGAGAGAGAGGUCUUCCAUUGGCUGUUCACUCCCCAGAGGGCGGCCACAGCCAGAUCUGGGCCAGGCAGAAGCCGGGAGCCAGGGGCUCCAUGCAGGUUCCCGUGUGAGCCACCUUCCACUGCCUUCCCCGAGGCGUUGGCAGGAAGCUGGAUUGGCAGUGGGGCAGCCAGGACUCGAACCAGCGCUCUGACAUGGGCUGCUGGCCUCGCAGGUGGCGGCUUCACCACAUCACACCACCAGCUUUGCCAGAUAAUCUGUACUCUUGUAAUGUAGAUGCUUUUGUUUCUUUUUAUCAUAAAUCUUCAAAGGAACACACAUGACCCAGCUUGAUGGGCCAUCUCCACCCGGGGCCUCCAUGUCUUGACUUCAUUGUAACGCGAAACCCACUCUUGUCUGCAGCGUGAGGCGGCGGGGUUGUGAGCGUGCAGGAGCCUGGCACCUGCCUCCUGCUGGCCUCGUCUUGGCCUUGGCAGGGUCCCGGACCAGGCGUUGUGUGGUCCCUGUGUGUCCCGUGCGCAGACACACACGUGCUCAGACGGGCGCGCUCACGGUGUCCGCGUCCACUGCCCUCAGGCGCUGUGGCACGGCUUUGUUUUUUUGUUUUUUUUUUUUUUUUUUUUUUUUUUUGUGAGAAUGACUAAUAAAUAUUUAAGACACUAAAAAAUAGAGAUCAGUAGAAAUGGCAGAGCAAUAGCUGGUAAGCAUAAAGGAUUUUGCUAUUUAAUCUUUUUUAUGUGUAACACUUCACAGCAUGAACACUUUUGUAUUAAACCGAGAUUUGUAUUCUAUUUGAGAUUCUAAAAUGACAUAGUGAUUUGUUCUUAAUUCACCACUAGAGAAAGUUUUUAAAGUUAAUUUUUUUUAUUUUCAGAAGAGUUCUCUUUUUAUCUUGAGAAUUGUUUCAUGGUCU